AUGUUUUUCUUGUUAUAUUUUUCGUUUUCAACAGAUAUUCAAGAGGUUGGCGACUAUGAUUAUCAAGAUUAUAUCGGCACCAAUAAGCCUGCCCUUGUAAAAUUCUAUAAUCCUUCAUGUCCGCAUUGUUUUGCAAUGGCUGACGAGUUUUGGCAAGUAACUGAAAUGUUUGAUGAUGUAAAUUUUGUCGCAAUUGAUUGCAUUACACAUAAAAAUCUAUGUGUCAAUGAAUUCAACAUAGAAAAAUACCCAAGUGUUGCAAUUUUCAUGCCAAACUCGCUUACACCAAUAAAAUUUGAAGGGUAUAUGGGUGCAGAUGAAUUUGCUAAGUUUGUUAAAGAGAAAACAAACAUUGAACCAAGAAAAAUUCCGAAAUUAUUUUACGAAGUCACACCAAAUAACUUUGAAGCAUGGAAAGAUAGCAAGAAAUGUGCUGUUGGUAUUUUCUACUCAUCUCUUUUUGAACAUCAUAAAAAAUUCCUUUAUGAAGCAAGAAUGGUCGCAAAAGCCUUCCAAAAUGAAGAAAAUGUUACAAUUGGUAUUAUCAGAUGCGAUAAAUUCAGACCAUUGUGCAAGCCAGUUAACGAUCUUGGCUAUCCAGUCGCUGCAAGAUGGACAAACGCAAAUUACGUUCCUUUCAAUGAUAUGGCCAUUGCCAAUCUUCUUGUCCUCGACAUUAACGAUAAUUGCGAUACUCACAGGCGUAUAGACGGCUUUCUUGAAGAAAAUGUUGGAAGAAUUGAAGCUGCAAAGCCAUUUGUCAAAGAAUUCAUCGAAACAAAGGAUCCAGAAGAAAGAAGCAAAAUAAUAGAGAAGACAAAAGAAGUUCCAGGAGCUUCUUUUUACGUAAAAGUGAUGAAUCGAAUUAUUAAAGAAGGUGAUGAGAAAAUUAUCCAAACAAUUAAUAAAAUGCAUCAUAUGAUAACUGAUCCUCAUGUAAAUGCUAAGAAUAGAGACUUUACAAACAAGAAUUUCAACGUUUUCAAAGAAUUCUAUCCGAACUACAUUCCUCCAACACAAAACCAAGAAUCAAAUGAAAAUACAGCUAAUAUGGAACAACAUCAGUCUGAAAAAUCAGAACAAAAGGAAUUAUAA